CCGCGGAGGUUGAAGGAAUUCGGCGGUGGCAACUUCGGAGGAGAACGGCCACUUUCAGCCGCGUCUGGCCGCGGGGAUUCACCGCCGUCCGUGUGAUAAAGGCACGUUGUGUUAACGGAUAAACUAGCAAGACACCAUGAUGGCGGUCCUGGGCAGCGCCGGCAGGCUGCUCCAAUUUGCCAGGAGCAGUGUUGGUCUGUGUGUGAGUGGUUCUCUAAGGAGACAGUCUACUGCAGCCGCUGCUGCUUUUGCCCAUCCUGCGUCGCCAGAUACACAGGAAAACAGGAAACCUAAGACAGGAAUUCUGAUGCUGAACAUGGGUGGACCAGAGAAACUAGAAGAUGUCCAUGACUUCCUGCUACGGCUCUUCAUGGACACAGACCUGAUGAAACUUCCUGUGCAGAAUAAGCUGGGUCCAUUCAUCGCCAAGCGGCGGACACCGAAGAUCCAGGAGCAGUACAGUAAGAUCGGAGGAGGAUCGCCCAUCAAACACUGGACCUCAAUGCAGGGAGAGGGAAUGGUCAAACUGCUGGAUGAGAUGAGUCCUGAGACCGCUCCUCAUAAGUUCUACAUUGGUUUCCGUUACGUUCACCCGCUGACGGAAGAGGCCAUAGAGGAGAUGGAGAAGGAUGGAAUAGAAAGAGCUGUAGCCUUCACACAGUAUCCUCAGUAUAGCUGCUCCACUACAGGAAGCAGUUUGAACGCCAUCUACCGUUACUAUAGCAAUGGAGCCAACAGGCCCAAUAUGCGAUGGAGUGUGAUUGAUCGGUGGCCCACGCACCCCCUGUUGGUGGAGUGUUUUGCUGAGCAUAUUCGAAACGAGCUCCUCAAAUUCCCAGAAGAGAAGAGGGACGACGUGGUCAUCCUCUUCUCAGCACACUCCCUGCCCAUGGCUGUGGUGAACAGAGGGGAUCCUUACCCUCAGGAAGUCGGGGCAACAGUACAGAGAGUCAUGGAGAGACUGGGACACUGUAACCCCUAUAGACUAGUGUGGCAGUCUAGGGUUGGCCCCAUGCCAUGGCUGGGCCCCCAGACAGACGAGGUGAUUAAAGGCCUGUGUGAGCGGGGCAAGAAGAACUUGCUGCUAGUGCCGAUAGCAUUCACCUCCGACCACAUAGAGACGCUACAUGAACUGGACAUAGAGUACGGACAAGUGCUAGGAGUGGAGUGCGGUGUGGAGAACAUUAGGAGAGCAGAGUCUUUGAAUGGAAACCCUCUUUUCAUGAAGGCGCUUGCUGACCUAGUCCAGUCUCACCUCAGAUCCAACGAGCCCUGCUCCCGUCAGCUGACCCUCAGGUGUCCUCUUUGUACCAACCCUACUUGUGGGAAAACCAAGGCCUUCUUUGCCAACCAGAAACUUUGAUACACACACACACACACACACACACACACAGCAUUAGCGCUAAACACAUGUUUUUUCACAUUUUGAUGCCUGUUUUGCAUCAGUGCUACCUUUGAAGAAACGUAGGCCUUUCUUGUUUAGCAAAAUCCCACUCACACAAUCCCACUCACACAAACACUCACACAAAUAUGCACACAGAACAGAAGCAGAGAUUAAGGCACACUUUCCACUCCUCUCCAACAAAAAAGGGUGUCGGUUAGGACAAAACACUUCAAAUCGCAGUCCAGUUAGAAUUUGCAAAGUCAUCUAAUGGUAUGUUUUAUUCCACAUGGAUGCCCAGAUGGGUGGAACUUGCCGCUUUAGAUGGAGAAAACACAAAGAUAAUUACAUAGAUGUCACUCGGACCAUCAAAAGAAAAAAAAAAAUUUGGUGAGUGUCUUUAUGCUUACCUGGUCCCAUCUGAAUGGCCCUUGAUGGUGCUCAACUCCUCCCUGUCAGGUACUCUAGAAAUUCUGCAAAUGCUUUCUGACUUACGUCUCCAACAUAUGGAGGCAAGAGCAGACAGUUUAGGAAAAAAACAGAUACUGACCACAUCACACCCACGCUUCAUUAAAAAGCCUUGCACUAAGUCCCCUUGCUCACAUUCCAUAUGCUUUAGCCCAUUUCUACCUGUGUAGGAAACCCGGAUUCCCACCUGUGCAGAAGUGCCUAUGAUAACAACACAAUAGGCAACCAGGUGUACUUACCCCCCCCCCCCCCCAGCCGUCCCUUGAUGUCAUUUACCCAUUAGCCACCACCACCACCACCCCGCUUUCAAAAUCUCUUCAAAUCUCUUCAAUAUUAUAAGAGGAGAUGUGUGUCACUCAAAUUGUUGCUGUCUAUAACUGAGCUAUUGAAUGUACAUUUUUUUCCUCUCUGGGCGAAACUGCAUUGGAUUCUGGCCUGGUGGGCCUCGAGUGACGUGUCACCGAGCUGUCAGACUCACAAGUCUAAUAAAGGACAAGUGAACGAUUCAAGGAGAAAACCCAAGGCGGAUGUGAAAGGAAAAAUAACUUGACGUUAUCCAUCAGCAAGUGCAACAUGAAUAAAGUCCAAACAUGAUCAACGUAAGGGCCACAGUCACUGGCUAAUCUGGCUCAUAUGCCACAUGCAGUAGCGUCGUAAGUAAACAGCGCCAUCUGUCAGUUAGUUUUCCCAAAAUGUUUUUUCUUUAAUCCAUCUUGGUUUCCUUUUGGUAUUGUGAUAAGUCCUCUCGCUGACCCUGACCAAGGUUUAGUUAUAGUGGUUGAGAAUGAUGCCUGGAAGCUGUAGCUGAUGUGCCGCUAGCAAAAAUGUCCUUGGGUUUUAGCUAGCUAGUAGCUAGCAGCAUUAAGCAAGAUUUAAGCUAAGAGCUGGUCAUGACUGCUGCUGUUGCAAAGUGACAUUUGGAGACCUAUAUGAAGUGUUAUUAUGAAUCCCACGGCACGUCUAGGCAAGACACGCCCGUGUAGCAUCAAGACUCGACCAGCAUUGCAUCCAGGCACUAGGAUCCUAGGAAGACCCGCCCCUACUCUGCCUCUGAUUAGCUAACCUUAACCCUAACCUUAACCAACCCAACCAAUGGAGGCAAUGAGUACUGGCCAAUCUGGCCAGUCCUAGCGCUUGAAUGCUAAGCGGGGCGUAUCUUACCUAGAAGUGCCGUGGGAUUCAUAAUAACGCCGCGGAGCGUAGAGGUCUUUUUUUUCUUAGGGAGGAAGUAUUUCAAAUUAUUUAUACUUUCAUCAGUGUUGCGAUCAUGCAGCAGCGUGUCCUUCCUGUACAUGUUCAGAAUUUUUAACAUCCUGUCUCGUCAAAAACAGCACAUUGUUUAGGACAAGAAAUACUGGUUUUCAAAUGUGUAAUCUGUCCAGAAAAAAACAAAAAAUGUCAACACUAUGUCUUGUUCUUAUUAUUAGCCAAAGCUGUUUGCAACUAACACAAAAGUUAUGUUCUUGGUUUGAGGUUUUCCUCCAUAAUGCACCUUCCUGAUGAUGGUGCUGCAACUGAAAUGUGAAAGAAAGAAAAAAAACUUUUCACUUUUUUUUUUUAGUUCGUCAUAAAGUAUAACUUAUAAUGAAACUCUCGCUUAACGUUAUUUUGUUUUAGUUUUUGGCGAGAACAGGUCAUUAACAGCAGUUCACUACUGUCAGAGAUGACGUCUUAUAAUCCAGAUGUCACAGGGUUGAUCCCCAGCAAGAGCCAGUGUCUCCACGGACAUUUGAUAUUUGACCUACAACACGACACCUCUUUCCAUCCGGUCUGUCAUUGUCAGUGACUCAGUGAUAAAAACAUCAGCUGAAAUCCUUAAAUGUGCAAAGCUCAAUUGUAAAUAUAGAGUUUGGGUACACUCCUGGUUUGUCAGGAAAACGAACUUUGACCCUCAUGUGGCCCUGCCAGGGCUGUUUUUUUUUUCCUUUUUUUUUUUUUUUAUCUUGUCGUCUCCUCCCAUGAUGAUGUGCCUUUUUUACCCUGGCUAAACUAGAAAGGCUGGAUUUGUUAUUUAUGGACAUGUUGAAAGGAAAAAUCCACCCUGAAAACCGAACAUGCGUCUUGUUUGUGUAAUCUCGGAUUCGGAUGUUGGCUGCAUUGGUGCUGUAACAGCGGCAAAUGCAGGACCGAUUUUGUGAUUUUGCGGUCUAGGAACACACAAUACAAUGGAGGUAACUUUAACUCGAGCACCCACACCAAAAAGCUAUUCAAAUAUGGUGCUUGCAGAUUGGAAAAAAAUAGAUAAAUAAGAAAGUGAGAACCAAUAAACUGCAUAAUUCCCCGGGUACUGGAAUUAUGCAAUUGACUUCCUCUUAUACUUCCAAAAAAAAUUUUUUUUUUAAAUGUUAAGCUUCAUUACAUAACAUUUACAAGAGGAUUUGGCGUUUAGCUAUGGGAAGAGGCUUGUGAUACCACUUUUUAAAAUGGAUUAAUACCAUUUUGAUGCAAACAAAUCUGAGAAUAUAGGCCUAAAAUGGAGGGUUAUCAAUGGUUACAAGGGGAAAAAACUGCUGUGUUGGAGAGAAGACAACAAAGCUAAAGAUUUAUUCAACUAUUCCUGAAUGAUUUUUCUUUACAGCAUAUUACAAUGUAGUAUAACACAGCAGAAUACACAUGUAACGACCACGGAUGACUAGACUCGCUAGCCCUUGGCUAACGGGCCGGACCCAUUAGUUGAAUGGUUAGCGCAGUCGCCCCUGGUGCAGGGAACCCAGGUUCAAUCCCGGACGAGCCCCCAAAAUGUGACCCUUUCACCAUCCCACUUCUGACACCAAUGUAGCGAGAAUUCACGGGGCAGCCGGAAAUCGAACCUGGGUUCCCCGCACCACGGACGACUGAACUAACCAGUCAACUAAAGGGUCCGACCUGUUAGCCAAGGACCAGCAAGUUAGUCAUCCGUGGUCGUUACACACAGAAUUGGUAUUUUCCCUUUUUAGGUAUAGGAUUAUGUGAAAAAAAUUACAAUCCUCCAUCUUAUUGUCGCCCCUGUGGGGACUCUUGUUGUUGCCAUUGGUAACCGUUUCACCGAAAGCCUCCCUGUAUUGAUUGUUGGGUUUUACCUUGUGAUGUUCCAUCUCCAAAACGACAGUAUUUAUUUCACAUAUCUUCAGUAAGUACCCGCUCAGUGUUCAAGUGUGCUUAGUAAACAAACCUCUCUAUGGGUAAAUACACUGGGAUAAGUUCACUAGAAAGUUAAGUUUUGUCGAAGCUUCCUCGUACAAAUAUCCAGACUGGGUUUCUGGAGCUGACAUAUAAGUGUGACAUGCUAACAUGCUGCAGACGGUGGAUUUUUCCUUCAGGUAAUGGCGUUUUCUAACUUAUUUUGAACCAUCCUCUGUAAAUGUUUGAUAGCUUGUUUUUUUCAGCCGUUGGAGUUAUUGAUAAUUCUGAAGUGCAUUGAUAAAGAGCUUGCUUGUACAUAAUUACUACCAGGGAGGCUACGAGUCGGUCGCAGCUCGGUGCUUUUUUGGGUUUGUUUUGUUUGUAUUAUUUAUUUAUUCUUAAUAUUUGUUCACGAUACAAAAAAACCGACAUCUCCGAUCCAACGCAUUACUUUUUAUAUUUUAGACUCGGCGGUAACAGCAAACAAGUCUUCCUGCACAAAAAUAAACGACUGUCU